CAAAACAGUAAAACUACAAAUAAACAAGCGCAUAUAAUUUACAAAAAGCAAAGCUAAAUAGAUUUAGCAUUUUUAUAUAAUUUAUACUAUUUAAUAUUUUUAUACUAUCUGUUUAUCAUACUGUUGAUAAAGAUUGUCGUAUACAAGACAUUGGUCAUUGAUCACAAUCGAUCUUAUCAGAUAAGCUUCCUAUCUCAUAGCAACGUGAGUAAUGUCUCUGAUACAGUUGCACGAAUUAGUUCUCAAACAUGAAAGGGGUUCAUUUGGCUGUACUUUUAACAAUUUGCAUGCACGUGUUCUUAGUGACAGGUAUCGAAGGACCGCAAUGCUUUCAUUUUACAUGGCCAGGUACACAAAUUCAGGAUAAAAAUGAGUUAAACUGCACAGAAUUUACUCCUUGUAUAGAGCCAUUGUAUAUUAAAGAUACAGAGCCAAAUACAAAUGAAAUAUGGGACGAGAAAGUGAUUAAAAAAAAUGAUUUCACGUAUAUUAAACGGAUGGACCGUGGUAACGUUUGUGUAAAAUUCACAUACAUAUAUAAUAAAGCAGUUGUAAACGUUAGUUAUUUCAGUGGGAAAAUCACAGAAGAUCGAACGCCGAUCACAUCAGGCUGUUAUGUUCAAUAUAUUGAUGGAUAUAGUAUCGAAGUAUGCGCCUGUAACUCUCAAGACAGAACUAAACCCUGUAACUCGACAAUUAGAAAUACAUAUUCAGCACUAAUUGUUUCUGUAGUUGCGGCUGUUACAUUGCUUACGUAUGAAAUCUUCAAUACUCCCUAAUACUCGGCUCAUUUGAUCUCUUUGAUAUGAAUGAAAUUGUACAAAUUAUAUAUAUAUAUAAUAUAUAAUUUAAUAUUUAUUACAAUUUAUGUGCAAUUAUAUCAAUAAUAUAUAUCUUUUUACAAUUUUGUAGAGCGCGUAAUAUAUAUUUAAAUUAUAUACAGACAAAUAAAUCUUGAACCUUGCAAUA